AUGGCUAUGGACUUGAAGCUUAUAGCAGCAGGAUUGCGCCAUUGCGGAAAAAUGCAAGCUUUCAAGCGUGGGGAAUCUAUUCAGGCUCAUUUGAUUAAGCAAGGGAUUUCUCAAAACGUGUUUCUUGCAAAUAACGUGAUCACAAUGCACUUGGAUUUUAGGUCCUUGGGUGACGCGCGUAAAGUGUUCGAUGAAAUGACUGAAAGGAACAUUGUCAGUUGGACAACCAUGGUUUCUGGGUAUACAAGUCUUGGAAAACCCAACAAGGCUAUUGAAUUGUACACAAGCAUGUUAGGAACCCAAGCAGAACCGCCCAACGAGUUCAUGUAUUCUGCGGUUUUGAAAGCGUGUGGGUUAGUGGGUGAUCUUGAGCUGGGACGUUUGAUUCAUGAAAGAAUUGGCAAAGAGAAUCUGAAAGGUGAUGUUGUUUUGAUGAAUGCUGUUUUAGAUAUGUAUGUUAAGAAUGGGAGACUUAGUGAAGCCAAUAUCGCAUUUUCGGAGAUUCGAAGGCCUAAUUCAACUACGUGGAAUACUCUCAUUUCUGGUUAUUGUAAAGCAGGUUUGGUUGACGAAGCAGUUAGUUUGUUUCACCAAAUUCCGCAGCCGAAUGUCGUGUCCUGGAACUGUUUGAUCUCGGGAUUUGUCGAUAAGGGUAGUCCUCGUGCAUUGGAGUUUCUAGUUAAGAUGCAGAGAGAAGGACUCGUGCUAGACGGUUUUGCUUUACCAUGUGGCCUUAAAGCUUGUAGUGCUGGUGGCUUAUUAACAAUGGGUAAACAGCUGCACUGCUAUGUCCUAAAGUCAGGUCUCGAGUCUAGCUCUUUCGCACUCUCUGCUCUUAUUGAUAUGUACUCCAACUGUAGUUCUCUGUGUGAAGCAGCUGAUCUCUUUCAUCAGCAAAAAUCGUCUCUCUCUAGUAGCGUCGCUGUUUGGAAUUCUAUGCUCUCUGGAUUUUUGAUCAACGAGGAGAAUAAAGCAGCACUGGGGCUACUUUUGCAGAUGUAUCAUUCAGAUUUGUGUUUUGAUUCCUACACUCUAAGUGGUGCCAUAAAGAUAUGCAUCAACUUAGCCAACUUGAGACUUGGGCUUCAGGUACAUGCUUUAGUUAUAAUCAGUGGUUAUGCGUUGGAUUAUAUAGUAGGAAGCAUUCUUGUUGAUCUACACGCAAACGUUGGGAAUAUUCAAGAUGCAGAUAAAAUGUUUCAUAGGCUUCCAAAUAAAGAUAUUAUUGCUUUCUCUGGCCUAAUAAGAGGCUGUGUGAAAGCAGGGUUCAAUUCCUUAGCAUUUUCUCUGUUCAGAGAAUUAAACAAGUUGGGACUUGCUGCCGACCAGUUCAUCGUCUCAAAUCUUCUCAAAGUCUGUUCAAGUUUAGUGUCUCUUGGAUGGGGAAAACAAAUUCACGGGUUGUGUGUUAAGAAAGGUUAUGAAUCAGAACCUGUAACUGCGACAGCACUAAUCGAUAUGUAUGUAAAAUGUGGUGAGAUUGACUGCGGUGUAGAGUUAUUUGAUGGUAUGUUGGAAAGAGAUGUUGUCUCUUGGACAGGGAUAAUUGUUGGUUGUGGACAAAACGGACGAGUCGAAGAAGCGAUUAGGUAUUUCCAUAAGAUGAUCAGUUCUGGGGUUGAACCAAAUGAGGUAACAUUUUUGGGGGUUCUUUCUGCUUGCCGGCAUUCUGGAUUGCUUGAAGAAGCAAGAUCCAUCCUCGAACUGAUGAAAUCUGAAUAUGGUCUUGAACCGUAUCUGGAACAUUAUUAUUGCGUAGUUGAUCUUCUUGGUCAAGCGGGGAGGUUCCAAGAGGUAGAAGAAUUGAUAAACAAAAUGCCGUUGGAGCCCGAUAAAACAAUAUGGAUGUCUCUGCUCACUGCUUGCGGAACUCACAGGAAUGCCAGACUGGUUACUGUAAUCGCCGAGCAAUUGCUCAAGGCAUUUCCAGAAGAUCCUUCAGUAUAUACAUCUCUUUCGAAUGUUUACGCAAUGUUGGGCAUGUGGGAUCGGUUAAGUGAAGUCCGAGAAGCUGCUAAGAAGUUGGGGGCAAAAGAAUCUGGAAUGAGCUGGAUUGAGUUUGCCUGA